AUGAUAGCGGUCGCUUGGAAUUGUCGGGGUGUUGGGAACCGAGAGACUAUACGCCACGCGAAAAUCCUUUUAGCCAAUAAGGAUGUGGGGGCAAUCUUCUUUCUGGAGACCAAGACCAAUAAGGCCGACAACCUUCUCAAAACGCUUAGUAAGUUGGGUUUUCAUAACUCGUUUAUGGUUAAUACCAUUGGUUUUGCAGGAGGGCUUCUUUUAGCUUGGAACAAGGACAUCCUGAAUCUUGAAGUGGUCGGGAGCAAUUCGCAAACCAUCCAUUGCAAAGUUUUGGAGGGUGGAAGUUUGCAGUUUCAUCUCUCGUUUGCCUAUGUUAGACCUAACUUGAGGGCUAAGGAACUUUUUUGGUCCGAAUGUAAAGCCUUUGGGGCCUCCAGAUCAGGACCAUGGGUGAUACUCGGGGACUUCAAUGACAUUGCAAAUAUUUCGGACCACUGGGGAAGUGAUCAAAUCAACAUGAAUAACAUGACACGAUUUUGUGAGGCUUACGAAGAAUGUGGACUUAUGGAGGUUCCUUCGACAUGUCCAAACUUUACGUGGAUCAGACAAAUUGGAGGGUGCACGGUCACCAGGCGUAGACUCGACCGUGUUUUUUGGAACAUUGAUGCUCAAGAAGCUUUCCAGGAAGCCAAGGCAAGGGUCUUGACAAGAACGCACUCAGAUCACCAUCCGAUAUCCUUCGUGAGGGUGGCUGGAGCAGCCCCCAACCGCAGGAAUAGGCCCUUCAGAUUUGAGGCGGCAUGGCUCGCUCGUGAAGACUAUAGAGCUAUCUGGAAGAAAGCAUGGUCUGACAACUCCUACAAUGUGGUGAGAGCUAUCUAUGAUGUUACCCACCUUAGUAGGAAAUGGAAUGAGGAAGUUUUUGGGAAUAUUUUUAGAAGAAAGAGGCUCCUACAAGCUAGGAUCCAAGGCAUUCAGAUGUCCCCCUGGUAUAGCAGAUCCCAAGGGCUUCAAGUGCUGGAGAGAAAGCUCUUAUCCGACCUCAGCAUAACUCUUUCUCAAGAGGAACUUCUCUGGUUCCAAAAAUCCAGAAAGGCUUGGAUUCAGGAUGGUGAUAAAAAUACUAACUUCUACCAUCGGUCCACCAUCAUCCGUAGGAGUAGGGGAAGAGUCAGGUCCCUAAAAAUCAACGGGGAGUGGAAUUCUGAGCCCAACGCUCUAAAGGAGCACGUAUCUCAUUUCUUUUAUAACCUUUUCUGCAGGGUCAAUCAAGAUGGGUUGAAUACCCCGGACACUCACUCAGGACCGAGGAUUAGUAGGGAAGAAGCCGAAAGCCUUAUUAAACCGGCUGAUUCUCACGAGGUCAAAAAAGCUGUCUUCGGGAUGAAAAGAAUGGGCAGCCCGGGACCAGACGAUAUUCAGGCGGCCUUCUACCAAGAUUAUUGGGAUGAGGUAGGUAACAGUAUCACCAUGUUUGUCAAUGAGGCCUUGGCUACAGGUAAGGUACCUAUAAGCUUUCUCGAAUCCUUCAUUACCCUUAUUCCUAAGAAAACUAACCCAGAAAGUGCUGCAGACUUUCGUCCCAUCACUUUACUCAAUGUCAUUUUCAAAAUUGUUUCAAAAGUGUUGGUGAACAGGAUGAGACCUAUAAUGAUUAAUCUGGUUGGCCCACACCAGAACAGCUUUCUCCCAGGUAGGUCCACGAUGGAUAACAUCGUUCUUACUCAGGAGGUGAUGCACAGUAUAAACCAAAAGAAAGGUAAGAAAGGUUCUUUGGUGAUGAAGAUUGACCUUCACAAGGCCUACGACAGCAUUAAUUGGGGGUUCCUAAAAACGGUCCUCUCUGAUUUUGGGUUCCCACUGCGUUUUAUCAAUCUGAUUUUAUUUUCCCUCAAAGAAAGUACUAUAAGCAUCCUUUGGAAUGGAGAAAAGCUUCCCCCGUUUGAAUCAGGUAGAGGGCUGAGACAAGGCGACCCACUUGCCCCUUAUCUUUUUAUUCUUGCUAUGGAAAAACUGUCGUAUCUUAUUCAGGAAAAAGUGCGGGAGAAAGAUUGGAAACCGAUUCAUUUAGCGCGAGGGGGAAUUGGUGUUUCUCACCUCUUCUUCGCUGACGAUUUAAUGAUUUUUGGUGAGAGCUCUGAAACCCAAAUGGCUACCAUCAUGGACUGCCUCAACAGAUUCUCUCAUUGGUCAGGUCUGAACAUCAACCACACUAAAUCCCUUAUUUUUUGCUCUAAUAACACGCCAAACAGAGUUAAAAGAAGGAUGGGUGACAUGGCAAAUAUCCCGAUCACUGAAAACCUGGGUAAAUACUUGGGUAUUCCCAUUCUUCAAAAAAGGGUAAGUAAGAACCACUUUAAUUACAUCAUCAACAAUAUGAAGAGGAAGUUGAACCAGUGGAAAGCCGAAUCCCUUAGUCUAGCAGGGCGACGAGUGCUUGUGCAAUCCGCCCUCGCAACUGUUCCGGUUUACACCAUGCAAACGGGGGCUCUACCGGUAAGUACUUGUAACGAUAUUGAUAAGCUUUGCAGGGACUUCCUCUGGGGAUCCAACGAGGCAAAAAGAAAAAUCCACUUGAUCAAUUGGAAGGAAGUUUGCAGUCCUAGAACUCAGGGAGGUCUUGGACUCAGAAUGGCCAAAGAUUUUAAUUUAGCUCUUCUGGCUAAGUUGGCGUGGCAAAUCCUCAACAAUCCAGAAAAGCUUUGGGUGAAAGUCAUGAGACAAAAAUAUAUCAAAGAUGAUAAUUUUUUCACCGCCAACACCCCAGCCAACGCUUCGUGGACCUGGAGGAGCAUCAUCAAAGGGCGGUCUAUUAUUGAGACGGGGGCCCGGUGGCGAGUAGGAAGUGGUGAUUCCCUUGAUUUUUGGUCUGAUUGGUGGGUUAGUGACAAACCCAUUGGCCUCGGAGCAACUGUCAACAUCCCUAAUCACCUAUGCAACGUAAAAGUCAGCGAGUUCAUCACUCAACAGCGCACCUGGGACGUGAACCGCUUGCUGGACUUCUUGCCGCCCGAUCUGGUUAACCAAAUUCGAGCAAUCCCGAUACCUAUUGACGACACAACGGAAGAUAAACUAACCUGGCCAGACAAAACUAUAGGUACGUUCUCUGUACUCUCUGCUUUCAAACACAUUGCAGGUCACUCAACAGAAGAGGAAAGCUGGGAUUGGAUGUGGAAGCUAAACUGCAUUGAGAAAGUUAAAUCUUUCCUUUGGCUGUUGCUGAAAGGCAAACUACUCACUGGAGUGGAGAGAAGAAAUAGGAAUCUCACCACCGACGCCUCUUGCAAACGGUGCCCGGACGAAGACGAAUCGACGAAUCACAUUUUUAGGACCUGCCCCUUCGCGAGUGACUGCUGGAGAUCGGCGAAAGACUACGGUGGAACAGAUGUAGCAAUUUUCAGACCUUUCAACUCUUGGAUCAAAGAUAACUGCAGUAGCAAGAGAACAACAAAGGAUGGUGCACCCUGGAAUGUCACUUUCGUCUACAUUCUUUGGCUGAUUUGGAAAGCAAGGAACAACUUGAUUUUUAAUAACAAAGCUGAGUCUCAUGUACGGAUCUUAAACACGGCUCUUUCUAUGGCUAAAGAAGCAACAGAAUACAUCGUGAAGCACGUCGGCGUGAUGCAUGGAUACUGGAAGUGGGUCAGAUGGGAGCCUCCUCAGCCGGGCUGGCUAAAGCUCAAUACGGACGGAGCCAUGAAGUCUAGUACGGGGAUUGCUAGUGCUGGGGGGGUUAUCCGGGAUGAACAUGGUCGUUGGGUGAAGGGUUUCUCAACGAAAGUUGGAGCUACUGAUAGUUUCUCAGCGGAGCUGUGGGGCCUAAGGGAGGGUCUACGGCUCUGUUUGAGUGAAGGGAUUGAAAAGAUUUGGGUGGAAAUGGACUCGGCGACAGUUGUUGCAAUCAUGAACAAUGGGACCUGCAAGGGAGAGACAGUCGUUGCUUUAAUUAAAGAUUGUUUCGACCUCAUCAACAAGUUUAAUACGGUUAGAAUCUCUCAUAUUAUGAGAGAGGGGAACCAAUGUGCAGAUUGGCUUGCAAAUUUUGGGCAAAAUAUAGACUGGGGAACUCGUGUUUGGAACUCAUCCCCCUCGGAUCUCAACGCUUUUAUGGACGCCGACACUCGCAGCAGGCCGGUUCCAAGGAUCAGAUAA